AUGAAGUUCACUCUCACUGCCGCGAGUGCGGUGCUCGCCCUUCUGGCUUCGGGAUCCGCCCAGCAGACCAACCCUACCAUUGCCCAAAUUAACGGGGAUCGAUACCUCUCCCCCUUGGCCGGCCAAACAGUAACCGGAGUCCGAGGUCUGGUCACAGCCAAAAGCCCUAAUGGCUUCUUCAUCCGCUCAACCACACCGGACCGUGAUUCACGAACCUCCGACUCCAUCUACGUCUUUGGCCGCAACUCGCUGGGAAACGUCACAGUGGGCGACAUCGUAACGCUCGGAGGUCGUGUCGCCGAGUUCCGCAGUAACAGGGACUAUCUGUUCCUCACGGAGAUCGAGAACCCUACUGCCAUCACUGUGGUAUCUUCAGGUAAUCGUGUCGAGCCAGUGGUUCUCGGUCGCCGCGAUACUAGUCCACCAACCGAGCAAUACUCGUCUGUCGACGAUGGAGACAUCUUUGGUGUUCCCGGAAACCGCAGUCAGAUAUCGCAGGUCAACCCGAGAUUGGAGCCCUCGCGAUUCGGACUGGAUUUUUGGGAGAGUUUGACCGGAGAGCUGGUCACUGUACGACGACCGAGGGUGCUCAAUCGUCCUAAUCAGUUUGGCGAUACCUGGGUUGCUGGAGACUGGAAGAAGACUGGAGAGAACAAUCGAGGUGGUCUUACCAACUCGGACCGUGAUGCCAACCCGGAGUCGAUCUUGAUCGGUACGCCUCUCGAUGGCUCUACCAAUCCAGACGAUGCCAAGCUCGGCGACAAACUCGAGGAGAUCAGCGGUGUAGUCACCUACGCCUUCGGUUUCUACAGAAUCCUCCCAACCACCCGAAUCGUCGUCCGCAAAUCCCAACGCCCUGCCCUCCCUCGGCCAACAACCUUCAAAUCCUCCGGCCGCUGCGACCGCCUCACAAUCGGUCAAUACAACGUCGAAAACCUCGCCCCGACAUCCUCCAACAUCGCCGCCAUCGCCUCCCACAUUGUCACCUACCUCAACUCUCCCGACCUCCUCCUGAUCCAAGAAGUUCAAGACAACGACGGCCCAACCAACACCGCCGUCGUUGACGCCAACAUCACCCUCUCCACUCUCCGCGACGCCAUCACCACCGCUGGCUCCCCUGUCAACUACACAUUCAUCAACAUCAACCCCGUCGACGACCGCGAUGGCGGACAACCGGGCGGAAAUAUCCGCACCGUAUACCUCUACAACCCUGCCGUGCUCGGACUCCGCGAUUUCAACCCUGGAGGCAGCACUCAAGCGACACAAGUCCUGCCCGGUCCACGACUUUCGCUGAAUCCAGGACUCAUCGACCCGACCAACGCCGCCUGGCGCUCAACCCGCAAACCCCUCGUGGCGCAAUGGGAGACUCUCAACGAUCGCCGCGGAGGAGGGAAGAACAGCACGUUCUUCACCGUCAACGUGCACCUCACUUCUAAAGGCGGCAGUUCCUCCCUCCACGGCGACGCUCGACCUCCUAUCAACGGUGGAGUGGACAUGCGGUCUGCACAAGCGACGGUAACCGGGAACUUCAUUCGACAGAUCUUGAACGAGGAUCCGAACGCGAGUAUCAUCGCAGGAGGCGACUUUAACGAAUUCGUGUUUGUUGAUCCGUUGAAACGAUUCGUCGCCGCGUCCGGGUUGGAGAAGUUGUAUGAGAGUGGACCGGAGGCGGAGGAUUAUACGUAUCUUUUUGAUAUGAAUAGUCAGACGCUGGAUCAGUUUUUUGUUAGUCCGAAAUUGGCUAAGAGGUCGAAGAUCGAGCAUGUUCACGUCAAUACGUGGACGGACUUUGAUGGGCAGGCGAGUGAUCAUGAUCCGAGCGUGGCGAGGGUGGAUGUUUGUCAGUAG